AAUCUCAGAAUUGUGCGAUAAUGUAUUUUUUAUAUAUUUUAUUAUUUUUGGUAAACGUUUUAUUUGUAUUGAGUGCAGAUAAUUGCUUGUUGGAUGAACCUCAGCACGAAUGCGAUGAGUAUUGCUAUAGCUCUGUGAAACCUUUUCUUUCGUAUAUACCUUCGAUGUUCAAGCGAUUGGAAGCUUGUGAAACUCUUAAUCCUCCUUAUGCCUAUGGGAAACUAAACAAAAUUGAUAACCAAUUGAGCCAGCAGCUGGAAUUAAUGCUAAGAAAAAUAGAUGCCUUGGAAAUAUUCAAGCCAUCCUAUUGUGAUAAUAGAAUUGAUAAAAUUGAACAUCUUACGGAUACAGUAAGCGAAUUAAAAAAGGAAGUGGAAAUGUUAAGGACUCAUGAAGAAAAUAUGAAGGCAACUGUAGAAGAUUUAAAGCAUCAGUUUAGAUUAUUGGAAAGGCCCAAUUUCCAGAAAAUUGGUCUAAAAUAUUACUAUAUUGAAAGCUCAAAAGAUCUGACUUGGUUACAAGCCCAACAAAAAUGUUCUAAAUGGGGUGGUCACCUGGCGAGUUUGCAAAGUGAAACAGAAUGGAAAAAUUUGAAAUCGAAACUUAAAGGAAAGGAUUUUUGGAUUGACAUAAAUGAUAUCGGGAAGGAAGGAACGUAUAUGUCAGCAACGAAUAAUAAACCAGCAAAGUACUUUCAAUGGAAAGAUACUGAACCUACUAAUCGCAAUCCUUAUAACAGCAAGGAUGAAGAUUGCGUCGAGUUACGAGAAGACUUUUCAUACCAAAUGAAUGAUCGUUCGUGCGAUGAUAAAAUAUCCUUCAUUUGCGAGUCAGACACCGAAAAAUUCAAUAAUUGAUCAACAUUAAUAGACUUCUUGCUUAGAAAAUAAAAAUACUAUAUGAAUAUAUGUAUUAUAAUAAGUAAACUAUGAAAGGGCGUGGCAGAAAUAAACUGGUUCUAGGUAUAAAGGUGAAGGUUCUAGGUAUAGAUAGAAAUGUUUCAAUCGACUCGACUAAAUUUAUUAAAUCUGUUCAAAAAUCUAUUCAAAUUGUACAUUAAAAAAGUAUUGAUAUUUUUAAAAA